CUGAGGGCGGUUGGCGGUCAGUUCGUAAGAUGAGUUGGUUCCCAGACGAAGAUGGGAUACGGCAAACUCUUGAUUUGCUACGUAACUCCCAAUCAACAGACACAAACGUUCAAAGAGCUGUACAUGAGAAAUUGAAUGAGUUGAACAAUGUGCCUGAUUUUAAUAAAUACCUAGCCUAUAUUUUGACGAAUGCAGGUUCGGAAAGUGAUAGCACGCGUUCUCUCAGUGGACUUAUCCUGAAAAAUAAUUUGAAAAGUCAUUUCAGGAAAUGCCCACCGGAACUUAUAAGCUACAUCAAAGAUGGGUGUUUGCGGUGCGUCAGUGACAGCUCACCGAUGAUUAGAUCUAUCGUCGGAAUCCUAAUUACCACUAUCGUAACCAGUGAUGGAAUACAAAACUGGCCGGAGUUGCUUCCAAAGUUGGUGGAAUGUAUUGACUCUCACGAUGUCAAUUUUAUGGAGGGUGCUUUUGGUGCUAUCGAAAAAAUAUGCGAAGAUUCAUCAUCGCAACUGGAAGCUGAUCGUAUCGGUUGUCCAAUAGGACUACUUAUCCCGAAAUUCUUACAAUACUCCAGACAUGACAGUCCUAAAAUCAGGUCGCAUGCUCUUGCAUGCAUCAACCACUUCAUACAUAGUCAGUCCCAGGUUCUCCUACACUUCGUUAAUGAAUUUCUGGAGUGUUUGUUCGCUUUGGCUGAAGAUGACGAUCCGAAUGUUCGACGACAUGUUUGCUCUGCAUUUGUUCAACUUCUGGAAGCUCAUCUGGAUAAAUUACUUCCCAAUUUAUCUGACAUUAUAGAGUUCAUGCUUCUACGCACCCAAGAAACUGACGAGAACAUUUCAAGAGAGGCAUGUGAAUUUUGGCUUUCUCUUUCUGAGCAACCUGUUUGCCACCAAGCUUUGUCGCCGUAUAUUGGGCGACUUAUUCCGAUCUUGGUUUGUGGAAUGAAAUAUUCUGAAAGUGAUAUGGUGCUACUUCGAAAUGACUUAGAAGAAGAUGCUCAUCUCCCGGAUAAGGAGUGUGAUAUUCGUCCCCGGUUUCAUAAGACAAAGAACAAGAUUUUCUCUUCAGAGGAUGAUGACGAAGAUGGAGACGACGAUUAUGUGUCCAACUGGACUCUAAGAAAAUGUUCUGCUGCUGCUCUUGAUGUGUUGGCUAGUGUUUUCCACACAGAAUUUUUACCUAUUUUGUUGCCAAUCACAAAGGAACUUCUGUUUUCCCCUCAGUGGGAACUUAAAGAAUCUGGUAUUCUGGUUCUGGGUGCUAUCGCAGAAGGUUGUAUGAAGGGUAUGAUCCCAUACCUUCCGGAGUUGUGUCCGUUUCUUAUUGGUUGUCUGUCAGAUGAUAGGCCUCUUAUACGUAGUAUAACUUGUUGGACAUUAAGCCGCUAUUCUCACUGGAUCGUUGGACAACCUCAUGAGCAAUACUUCAAACCAUUGAUGGUUGAGCUCCUUAAAAGAAUUUUAGAUUGUAACAAACGUGUUCAAGAGGCGGCCUGCUCUGCUUUCGCUACUCUAGAAGAAGAAGCAUGUACAGAUCUCGUCCCUCAUCUGGAUCUCAUUUUAAGAACUCUCGUGUACGCACUUAAGCAAUACCAACACAAAAACUUGUUUAUUUUGUAUGAUGCUAUAGGUACACUUGCAGAUUCUGUUGGUCAUCAUCUCAAUCAACCGGAUUUUAUAGAGAUGCUUAUGCCGCCACUUUUUGAGAAAUGGAACGCCUUAAGAGACGACGAGAAAGAUUUGUUCCCGCUUUUGGAGUGCUUAUCUAGCAUGGCUACUGCUUUGGGAACAGGUUUCCUACCCUACUGCGCUCCUGUGUUUGGUCGAUGUGUUAAUUUAAUUGAUAGAACAGUACAACUGAGUAAGCUACAUGCUCAACAACCAGAUGUGUAUGAGGCACCAGACAAGGAUUUUAUGGUGAUAUCUCUGGACCUCUUGAGUGGGCUAAUGGAAGGUCUUGGGUCUCAAAUGGAACAUUUGGUAUCGAGUAGCCCCUUAGUUAAGUUGCUCUGUGAAGCGGCUCAAGAUGUCCAACCAGAUGUUCGCCAGAGUAGUUUUGCUCUCUUGGGCGAUUUAACAAAAGCAUGCUUUGCGUACAUUCAACCUCAGAUUAGUCAGUUUAUGACAAUUUUGGCUAAUAAUCUCAGUUCGGAGCAUAUAUCUGUCAGUAACAAUGCCAUCUGGGCUAUCGGAGAAAUUUGUAUUCAGUUAGGUGAAGGGAUGGCACCGUUCGCUUCUUUGUUUAUUCAUCCUUUGAUAGAAAUCAUCAAUCGUCAAAAUACACCAAAAACACUCCAUGAAAAUACUGCGAUAACUAUCGGGCGUCUUGGUUUUGUUUGUCCUGGUGAAUUGGCUCCUCACCUAUGCACGUUUAUUCGUCAGUGGUGUUUAUAUUUGCGCAAUAUAAGGGACAAUGAAGAGAAGGACAGUGCAUUUCGUGGUAUUUGUAAUCUAAUUACACUCAAUCCUGCUGGUGUCUUGAAUGACUUCAUUUUCUUUUGUGACGCUGUAGCUUCUUGGAAUAAUCCCAAAGACGAUUUAAAAAAUAGAUUUAAUGAUAUUUUACACGGAUUCAAAACGCAAGUUGGCGAAGAUGACUGGUGUAAGUUCUGGAGUCAGUGUCCUCCAAUGCUUCGUGAACGCUUAUCUCUUCAGUACAACCUUUGAGAUUUUCGGUUUUUGAGUAAUGCAUGUUUUGAUCCUAAUUUUUGUUCGCGCCUACCCAUUUUCACAUCGAUUCAAUGUUUUUACAAUUGGCCUUCGCGUUUUUUCCUCGAGUAUGGUUAGCUGUCCUACAACUGGCAUCUAGUGUUUUGAUCGACCAAGUUAAUUAAUUCGUAUAAUGUGUUGGUGGCAUUAUGAAAUAUCGACCACCGUUUUAAAGCACUUCCUCAAUAUAUUAUUCAAAGUACCAGAGAUCUCCUCCGUGGCGUUCUAAACUAAUGCAAGGAAAUAAUUAUAAUGUUAUUUAAAAAUUAGUGGUAUGUUUACAGUAUUUUGAUAUGCCUUUCCGUUUGGUUAUCAUAAUAUGCAUUUAUUUUUCUAGGUAAAAUGAGAACAGAUGUCGAUCCAGCUAUUUCCCAGUUUGUAUGUUUCACAGUUAAUUUAAUCACUGCCGUGUAUAUCGCCAUCCAUUGGGAAUAUCGCUGUCAAUUCUCUAUUGUCUUCGUUUUUCAUUUGCACAUGUUUUUCUGAGUUUUUUUUUGACAUUUGACAUGUUUUUGGUAUGUCAAGGUAUGUUUGGACACAACAUAUUUUAUCUUUUAUUUUGAGGUAUUUCUAGAGUUUUCCUUACUAAACUACCUUAUUUUUAACUUCAAGUCUACUUAUCUUCCUUUUUGUCUUAUAAUUCUUCACUUUUCACUUCUGGGAAUUCUUGUUUGGGUGUUCAGAUAGGGCUAUGACUCGGGGAUAAUUAGGUUUAGUUGGAAUAGGGCAAUUAAGGGUUCUAAUAAUCAAGUAGAUAAAUAAUUAAGGCCUUUCUUAGGGGUUAAUAAAAAAAUGUAAGGGAAUCAGGGAUUAGGGUAUUUUCUCCCAACCGGUAGCUGGUUCGGAGUUAUCAUCUCUACUAAAUAUAGGUAGUAGAAUAAGGGAAAAACAUUCGCACACCACAUACUGUUGUAUUUCUCUCGACUUUGUAUUUAAUUAAGCGUUUUGUUAUACUUUAUUCUUUUUUACAUGACUGUACCAUUUACUUUGUAAUCUUCAUAAUUGUAUACUUCUUGUAAUAACAGUACUUAGUAUUCUAAACUUUUAGAAGUUGCCUCACAAUGUUACUCCAUAUGUAAUCACAUGCCAAAAACUUGAUUUCUUUAAUUGUUUUACCAAUCACGUGUCUUUUCAAUAUUGAGACGGUUUUAAACUUCGUGUUGCUCCCUUUAAUCAAAACUAUCAUGCUGUUUAGACGAAGUAAACACUCCAUAAAGUUGUGAUUCUUAAUAUAUAUAUUGUUUCAUCGGUUACGACGGUUACAAAAUA